UGCAGUGUCAUUGACGUCAUGUCCGUGGGAAACGUCGGCUGCUAGUCCACGAAUGUCCAGCGAGAUAAUUAUCUAUUCUUUGUUUUGUAUUUAAUUUUAUAAAUGUAAAGAUGAUUCUUACUGUAAAACCUCUUCAAGGAAAAGAGUGUAAUGUUCAGGUGACAGAAAAUGAAAAGGUAUCGACGGUAAAAGAGUUGGUAUCAAAGCGUUUAAACAUCCCUCCAAGUCAGCAGAGACUGCUGUAUAAAGGAAAAGCGCUCGCAGAUGAACACAGGUUGAGUGAUUACUCGAUUGGCCCGGAGGCUAAGCUGAAUCUGGUGGUGCGUCCCGCGGGAGAGAGGAGCAGUGGCGCGGGGGGGACCAGCGGCUGGAGUAAUGACAGAGCGGGCAGUGGCGUAUGGCAGUUACUGUCAACUGUCCUGGCCAAACACUUCAGCCCUGCCGAUGCUGCAAAAGUGCAGGAGCAACUCAUUAAGGAUUAUGAGCGCUCCCUCAGACAGCUCAGUCUGGAUGACAUCGAGCGUCUGGCCAGCCGCCUGCUCCACCCUGAGACAGAGGCCAUGGAUACCUCAUAUAUGGACUAAAACACACUAGACUGAUGGAAAAACUCCAGCUCCAUUGAACUCCUCCUACCACAUACAUGGGUUGAGAAGUCCAGGCCAGGGAGUAGGAUGUACUUCAUAUGGACUUCUAUGGAGGAAAAUAAAAGUCAGACGUCCCCCUCACAUCAGACUGGGCUUCUCUGAUGUUCAAGAGGCCACGAUGCUUACCAUUGCUUUCCCAUCAGAGGAAACCAGUGGUGCUUUUAGUGCAACUUUGUAAAUAUUGUGUGCAAAUGGUUAAACGAUGAUAAUAAAAGGUGUUCUUGAUCA